UCGUAGUGGUAGUUGUGAUGGACGGCGUAGUAGUGACAGCAGUGGUACACGGCGUAGUAGGGACAGCAGUGGUACACGGCGUAGUAGUGACAGCAGUGGUACAAUGCGUAGUAGUAGUAGCCGUAGUGCACGGCGUAGUAGUAGCUGUGGUACACGGCGUGGUAGUGGGAGGCGUGGUUGUAGUAGAGGGCGUG